CCAAGGGGCUCUGUGUGCCUUUUGUGCCUCCCUCGCAGCGCCUGGCACUCCCUUUGCUGCAAAUCCUCCCCAUCCGUGCAGGGCCAGGCGUCGCAUCGUCGUCAGGAUCUGUCGUAAAGGAGCGUUGCUCCGGAAAGCGCUGCCAGCUCUGGACUCCCAAGAGCAGCUGCCCAGAUUUCCUCCCAUCCGUGAGAGCCAGGAUCCUCCGGCUGGAGGGAGAAGCCUCCCUUUUCGGCCCCCAAAUCCGUUUUUCUUCCUAUCUUGGCGCCCGUCUCCCACUAGGGCAAGGAGGAGCCUUGCUCAGCAGCUUAAACCGGGAGCUGGAGAUUGCACACCUCUCUGCCGCUCCCCAAGGGUCCCAUCUUGCCCAUUGGAACAUCAGCCAGUGCCUUUGAAGCCUGGAGCCACCAUCACCGCCGGCCUCUCCUCCUUCGCCUGCCUUCGUGCGCUGAUUAUGUUUGCCACGUUCUCCCUCUGCUCCAUCAUCUGGCUGAAUCGUGGCUUCAAGUUACGGGAGUGGGGCUGUACUUAGGGGUCUGGUGGUUCACGCACGUACAGUGGGCCCCCAUCGGCCAUUGCCUCCACACACACACACCACCACUGCCGCCACUUCCGCUUCAUGCGCAGCCCCUGAGGGCUGCAGGGGAACUGCCCUCGCUCCUCCGCCCGCUCGCUCCUUCUCCCGGGGACCAUGGGAAGUGCCGAGGGGUUCCAAUACCGUGCCCUCUACCCCUACCGCAGGGAGCGCGAGGAAGACAUUGACCUGCUCCCUGGGGACACCCUGGUGGUGAGCAAGGGGGCCCUGCAGUCUCUGGGCUUCAAGGACGGGGACGAGCAGGGGCCCAACCAGCUUGGCUGGAUCCUGGGCAUCAACGAGCGCACAAAGCAGAAGGGGGACUUCCCAGGGACCUACGUGGAGUACGUUGGGCCGGUGAAGAUCUCCCUACUGGCCCACCGGCCCAGGGGGCUCAGGCCCCUGCCUGCUGCCCCGGGGCCGGGGGCGUCCCACGUGCAGGAGGAGCCAGAGUUGGCACUUCCGGAACUUUCUGAGCAGUUUGCUCCCCCUGAGGUUACGCCACCCUUGCUGUGCAGGCUGGUGGAUGCAAUCGAGAAAAAAGGGCUGGACUGCAAAGUGCUCUACAGGGCAUCUGGCUUGGAGUCGCGGCAAGUGCUGGGGGCCGACUGGGCUGUGGCUGGCGACUUGGAUGCCUCUGAUGUGCUGACCCUUGGCGAAGCCCUCAAGGGAUACCUGCAAGACCUGCCGACCCCAGUGGUGCCAGCUUGCGUUGGGGGCGAGAUCCUGCGGGUGCUCCAGGAGGCCCCCCAGCCAGAGCUGUGCAGGAAGCAGCUGCUUUCGGCCCUGGAGCCGCCGGCCAUGCCUCUCCCGCACCUCCUCACCCUGCAGUUCCUCCUGCGGCAUUUGGGCAAGGUGGCCGAACAAGCCGAGAGCAAUGGGCUGUGGCCCCAGGCCCUGGGUGAGAUCUUUGGGGGCCUGAUCCUCCGGGGGGGCCCGGCUGCCAGUGCCGAGGGGGCCCCUGAUUUCCCUGCUCUCUUCUUGGAGAUUCUGCUCCAGACAAAAGACUCGGAGACCGCCUGUCGCCCUCCAGCUCUGCCCCCCAAACCCCCCAAGCCAAAGCCGGCUGCAGCCCCCCUGGCCAAUGGGAACGGCACGACCCUACAGGAUGCUGAGUGGUACUGGGGGGACAUUUCCAGGGAGGAGGUGAAUGAGAAGCUCAGAGACACCCCUGAUGGCACCUUCCUGGUGAGAGACGCAUCCAGCAAGAUCCAGGGUGAAUACACGCUGACGCUGAGGAAAGGAGGCAACAACAAGCUGAUCAAGAUCUUCCACCGGGAGGGCAAGUACGGUUUCUCUGAGCCGCUGACAUUUGGCUCCGUGGUGGAGCUGAUCAACCACUACCGGCACGAGUCCCUGGCCCAGUACAACGCCAAGCUAGACACCCGGCUCCUCUACCCCAUCUCCAAGUACCAGCAGGACCAGGUGGUGAAGGAGGACAGCGUGGAGGCCGUGGGGGAACAGCUGAAGGUCUACCACCAGCAGUACCAGGACAAAAGCCGCGAGUACGACCUCCUGUACGAGGAAUACACGCGCACCUCACAGGAGCUGCAGAUGAAGAGGACGGCCAUCGAAGCCUUCAACGAAACCAUCAAGAUCUUCGAAGAACAGUGCCAGACGCAGGAGAAAUGUAGCCGAGACUACAUCGAGCGCUUCCGACGGGAGGGCAAUGACAAGGAGGUUCAGCGGAUCCUGAUGAAUUCGGAGAAGCUGAAGUCCCGCGUCACUGAGAUCCACGACAGCAAGAUGCAGCUGGAGCAGGACCUUAAGCAACAGGCCUCCGAAAACCGGGAGAUUGACAAGCGCAUGAACAGCCUCAAGCCGGACCUCCUGCAGCUGCGCAAGCUCCGCGACCAGUACCUGGUGUGGCUGACGCAGAAGGGGACCCGCCAGAAGAAGAUCAAUGAGUGGCUCGGGAUCAGGAACGAGACGGAGGACCAGUACUCCAUGAUGGAAGAUGAGGAGGAGGGUCCCCACCACGAGGAGCGGACGUGGUAUGUGGGGAAGAUCAACCGCAUCCAGGCGGAGGAGAUGCUGGCCGGCAAGCGGGACGGGACCUUCCUCAUCCGGGAGAGCAGCCAGCGGGGAUGCUACGCGUGCUCAGUCGUGGUGGAUGGCGACACCAAGCACUGCGUGAUCUACAAGACGGCCACGGGAUACGGCUUCGCGGAGCCUUACAACCUCUACGCCUCGCUCAAGGAGCUGGUCUUGCACUACAAGCACACGUCCCUCGUGCAGCACAAUGACUCCCUCAAUGUCACGCUGGCGCACCCCAUCUUCCCACUCCCCCCUAGAUGAAGAACGUCUGCUUGUCGGGGACCUCCCCCUCACACACACCCCUUUCCCCCCACAAACACACAGCAGACGUU